AUGUAUUCGGAGUGUCCUGUGACCCCGGAAUUGAACGCUAACCUUGGCUAUCCCACGUGGGAAACUCUCUCAGAACGCGUCAAAAUGUACAAAGCGCUCAAAGACAACGAAUCCGCCCUGCGAGGCAAACGGGAGCAGAAGGUGCGCAUCGAGAUGUCGCCCAAGGCUGAUCGGGCAAAGAUUCCAACACUGGAGCGUGAGAUCAGCGAGGUACAUAACUUUUUGUAG